AGAAACGGUCACUCUGGUCAGUGUUAGGAGUUGCACAUGUUUCCCAUUUUUUGCAUAUAAAAGUUUAAAUUAAUUAAAAGUUCGGCCAAUUAUUAGCACUUAAUAAGUGAGAGUAAUAAAUUGGUAGAAUCCAAGUAUAUAAUAUCUAGUUCGUGUUUCAUUUGAAUCCUGUUUGCAGUCUGAAAUGCGCUGCGAAAAUAAAUUGUAAUGUAAAUUUGUAGUUUACGACAAUUCGCUGCGUAAUUGGAUACACCCGACUAAGCUUUAAUUGAAAUGGAAGAAGCGGAAAAGCAUUGUUUUAAAACACCAGCAAUGGCCAAUGCCAGGCAGAAUCAACCAAAAAAUAACAAGAUACCGAUGUCUGCCUCGCAGCCGCCGUCGCGCAAUGCGGGACCAUCGCCCAAACGUAUUAUCAAUAAAAUACCAUUGGAUUUUAACAAAUUAAAGCAGGUUGGCCUGCAUAUGAAACUGGCAGAGGCAUUGAGUAAACAAAAUAUGAAUGCAGCCAAAAAUAUUGCAUCAGCAACGACUGCCUUGGCACCAACAUCUGCCACCUCCGCUGCAGCAGCGCAGCCAAAUGCGACAACGCCUGCUAUGCAUUCACAAAAGCAGCCGCAACGCGAGCAUCAGACUGCUUCAAAAUCUGUCAGGAAUAAUAGCCCAGCGUCCGCGACUGAGCCAUCGUCGCAUAUUAAAGCGCUUAUUAAAAACAAAAUAAUGAACAAAUCCGCACAAUCUCAAAUGCAUCAACAGCCAACAGACACGACAACAACAGCGCCAAGCACUGAGAUUAGUGGAGUACGCUCAGGAGCAGCAUCUGGAGGUUUUACUAUGCCCAUAGCCAAGGCCGACUUGACGGCGCGUGCCAAGCCGGCCCUGUUGCUCAAUCUGGUCAAUCAGUUGCCCAAGCAGCGAGCAACUUGUGGAAGCAUUAAACCUCAGCAACAAAAGAGGCAACAGGAGUCAAGAUCAACACCACCUGCGCCACGCGCAGGAUCAUCACCAGUACGAGCACAAGCACAAGCACAAGCACCACCAGCAGCAGCAGCAACUGCAGCAUCUGCACCAUUGGCGAAAUCUCCGCCGCCGCUGAUUGUUCUGGAGAACAAGGUGUUGGCUCCCAAUGAGAAGAUCGAUUUGAGAGCUCUGCGGCUGCCCAACGGCCAAUCCGCUGCAGUGCCACCCUCUGCGCUAACCAUUGUGCCCACUACGCCCAAUGAGACCAGAAAUGCAGACAAUUUGAAAGAGCCCAUGGAAAAAGCCAAAGAUAUUCUGGGAAAAUUACAGGGUAGCAGUGCACCGGUCAAAAAAAUGAUACUGAAUGUCAACAAGCUGAAAGUGCCACGUGAAGAGCUUGCCCAGUUGGCCAAGGAGGUGCGGAAGCAAGCAAUGCAGCAUGUGCAGCAACAGAAGCAGCCAAGCACUGACAUUCCAGCCAUAAUACCGGUGCCAGCAAUGGGCACUGGGCUAGCUCCCAGCCUAAUUACAACUCCAUCACCGUCCACAAGAACAAAGAUUUGCAGCACAACGAUAAGUCAAGUCGCCUCCACCUCCACCUCCUCCUCGGCGAUACCAUCAAAAACAACAAUCCCGCCUUCAUCAUUGAUAACUCCAAUUGUAAAAUCUUGCCCAAGUCCGAUGAUGGCAUCAGCUGACGAAGCAGGCAAUAACCACGUCUCGUUGACCGCAACCACAUCUAGAGGAAAGCCGACAUCAUCAACAUCAUCAUCUGUGGAAGUUAAAGCAGAGCCGGAAGCGAUGAACUGUCCGCCGUGGAUUUCAUAG